UAUCUCUCUAUUUCAAUGUUUCAAAACCUGUAUUUGACUUGUUUGGGUUCUUCUGGUACAUGCACCAAACAACACAUUAACUGCAAGACAGUGUACUCAUUAUGAAUUCCGGGCAAAAGGAUUUUCUAUAAUAAAAGACUUUGGAUUUUGAUUGAUUUAUUGAGUGUCCUAUAGAAUGUCGAUCAACAAGACUUGGAUUAAUAAUUCAAAUAAAUUUUCUGAUGAGUAUGUUGCUGGAGCGUUUGCAUUUGUUGAGAGAGCUCAACAAUUUGUGGAUACAAGGGGACUAGUGAAGUGUCCUUGUAACAAGUGUCUUAAUAUCGAAUUGCAAACGAUUGGUGUGCUAGAAAGUCAUCUUUUUGAGAAUGGUUUUCUACGAAGUUAUACAAAUUGGUACUGGCAUGGAGAGGAGGAAAUAAUACCGACCAAUAGAGUAGUCCACCAAUGUCACGAGGACGAGAUGAUGGAUGUUCUUAAUGAUAUAGCACAACCUAACAAUUGUGAAGAUGAUGAGAAUGAGGUUGAUGAUGAGAUACCACCAGCAUCAGAAUGCAGAGGUACUAGCCAAUACUAUAAUGACUUAUUUGCCAAGAUGGAGUCUCCGUUAUUCCCAGGGUGUGAAAAAUACACAUCUUUGAAUUUCGUAGCUAAGUUGAUGCAUUUCAAAGUGUUGGGGAAAAUUCCUAACAAAAUUUUUGAUGGAAUCUUGGAGUUGUUAGAAGAUGCAUUCCCAUCUCCAAAUAAGAUACCAAAGUCACAUUAUGCGGCGAAGAGGUUGAUGAGGAAAUUGGGUUUGGGUUACGAGUCAAUCCAUGUUUGUAAGCAUGAUUGUGCAUUGUUUUGGAAGGAAAAUGCUGGAAAACACAAGUGUCCAAUUUGUGGGGAGGAUCGUUGGGUGGAUAAAAAUACCAAGGGGAAGAAAGUGCCCCAAAAAGUUAUGCGUUAUUUUCCAUUGACCCCUCGGUUGAUGCGAAAAUAUGCAUCAAGGCACAUUUCUCAACAUAUGAGAUGGCAUCAUGAAGGGCGUGCUAAAGAAGAUGGUAUCAUGCGUCAUCCUGCAGAUGGGAAAGCAUGGAAGGAUUUUGAUCGUAGCAAUCCAGCGUUUGCAAUGGAACCUAGGAAUGUGCGCCUUGGAUUGGCUGCUGAUGGAUUCAAUCCUUUUGGAAAUAUGAGUUUGUCUUAUAGCAUGUGGCCGGUUGUGUUAACGACUUACAACUUGCCACCAUGGUUAUGCAUGAAAGAGACUAACUUUAUGUUGACUUUAUUAAUUCCUGGUCCACAUUCACCUGGAAAAGAUUUUGAUGUUUUCUUAAGGCCAUUGGUUAAUGAGUUGAAGGAAUUAUGGGUGAACGGUGUUCAGACUCGGGAUGUUGUUGAUGGUAGUUUUUUUAAGCUUCGAGCAGUUUUAUUGUGGACUAUAAAUGAUUUUCCAGCGAGGAGUAGUCUUUCUGGAUGGAGUGGUCAAGGUUACACUGCUUGUCCUACUUGCAAUGUAUCAACACCAUCAGUUCGUUUGCAAAAUAAGGUUGCAUUUUACGGUCACAGACAUUUUUUACCAAUGGGACACCAAAUUAGAAAAAAGAAGAAGUUAUAUGGUUCAGUUGAGAAAAGACCACCUCCAGAGGAAUUUAGCACUGAAGCUAUUUUCACACAAAUGAAUUUUAUGCCUGAAUCUCUUCCUGGUAAGCAUGUUAGCUACGGUGGACAAAAAAGGAAACGCACAAAAGAGCAAGUUGGUUGGCGUAAAAAAAGCAUUUUCUUUGAGCUCCCAUAUUGGGCCAAUAUGAAGUUGCGACAUAACCUAGACGUCAUGCAUGUUGAGAAAAAUGUAUGCGACAGCUUAGUUGGCACAAUAGUCGGGUUGGAAAAUAAGACCAAAGAUACAGUUAGCGCUAGAGUAGAUUUGGAGAAGAUGAAGAUAAGGCCAGAAUUGCAUCUGAGAAUGGUAAAUGGUCGAAUGGAAAAGCCAGCAGCGAAAUACACAUUUAUUCCUGAAAAUCGGCAUAAGUUUUGUCGAUUUUUGAAAUCAGUCAAAUUUCCAGAUGGGUUUGCAUCUAAUCUAAGGAAGAAUGUGAUUGAAAAUGACAAUAAGAUUACUGGGUUGAAAUCCCAUGAUUGUCAUGUCAUAUUGCAACGUCUUUUGCCAAUUGGUGUUCAUUCAUUCCUAGAAAAACCAAUUGCCAAGACCAUUAUUGACUUGUGCACUUUCUUCAAGAUUAUUUGUGCUAGAACUCUGAUUGUUUCUGAUUUGGAGAAAGUGAAAACAUCAAUAGUUGAAAUUCUUUGCGGACUAGAAAUCAUUUUUCCGCCAGCGUUUUUUGAUGUUAUGGUUCACCUAAUGAUACAUUUGCCUCAAGAAGCAAUAGAUGGAGCUCGUCCUAAGGGGUCCAUAGCUGAGGGUUAUGUCGUUGAUGAAGCAUUGACAUUCUGUUCUAUGUACUUCAAAGGGGUGGAAACAAGGUUUAAUCGUCCAGAUAGAAAUGUUGAUGCAAUUCCAUCACUAAAGAAGUUGUCUGUGUUUCAAUCUCAAGGUCGUCCGAUCGGUAAGAAGACACUAACAACUUUGGACGAUGAACUUAAAAAAACUGCUGAGUGGUACAUUCUCAACAAUUGCAUUGAGAUUCUCCCAUAUAUUCAAGAGCACAAGCAGAUCCUUUUAUCUAGUGGUGCUGAAAACCUAGAUCAAUUACAGAAAAAGGAGUUCCCCAUGUGGUUUUACAAUAAGCUUUACAAUCUUCGACAAGCAGGAUCUGCAGAAGCUUCUGAAGAGUUAUUCUCCUUAGCAAGCGGCUCCUCUAAUCUUGUUUCUUCAUACACUGGGUGUAUUGUCAAUGGAGUUCGAUUUUUGUGUUAUGAUAGAGAUAAAAAUUUGAAAACUCAAAACAGUGGUGUCUUAGUACCCGGAGUAGACAACAAAAAUUUCUACGGGCAAUUAGAAGAGGUUAUAGUGAUGUCAUACCUUGCUGGUUGUUCUGUUGUAUUAUUUAAGUGUAAAUGGUUUGAUACAGAUCCUACCAAGAGUAGGAUGAAGCAUGAAAAUAAUAUAACCAGUAUAUUUACUAAGUUCGAGUGGUACAAAGAUGACAAGUUUAUCUUGGCAACUCAGGCAAAACAAAUUUUCUAUCUUGAUGAUUUGAAAAAUGACCGGGAUUGGAAAAUUGUUGAAGAAGUUCAUCAUAGAAAUGUGUGGGACACCCCAGCAACUGAUGAACAGUUGGAUCCCAUUGAAAUAGAUGUUAUGCAUGACACAAUAUCAUCUGAUUUCCAAUUGUUUGUCGAUCUUGGUCCGUUGCCUGAAAUCAAUUUUUGCCCUAGAGAUCAAUUGCCAUAUGUUGUCAAUGUAGAUACUCCUGUUGAUCAAGAGGAAGAUGAAGAGGAAGAGGAAGAGGAAAUGGUCGAUGAAGAGGAAGAGGAGAUGGUCGAUGAAGAGGAAGAGGAAGAGGAAGAGAUGGACUUAGAAGAAGAUAAUGUAGAAGAAAAUGAGAAUGAUAGUGAUAAUGAAUAUUAUAGUGAUGAUUAAGUUGUAAUUUUUGCAUUCAAAGAUUGCUUGCACUUAUUAUUUAUGGAUAACCAUAUAUAUCAUUAUAUCAUUAUUCGUUGGUAUGUUGAGUUUAACUGUUAGAAAUAUAUAUUCUUAAUUUUCGGUGAUAAAUAAAGUGUCUAGAAUACCUCACAUGAAUCUUAAA